UGCUCACUCGUUUUGUCAGUUAAGCUCAAAAGAAAAACUCCUGAAAGAGCUAUACGGCCCCAAAAAUCCCUCCCUCUAAAUUCUUUCGCCAUUUCAUGAAAGAAGAAAACCAAACAGAGGGACGAAAUGCCAUUUAUAUCACAAAUACAGAGACAAUCUGAUUACAAUUUCUUCUCUUCUUCCACUCCUAUAGUCAUCGAUAAUGGCGCUUCCUAUUUUCGCAUCGGAUGGGCUGGAGAGACUGAUCCUCGAGUUAUUUUCCGCAACAUUGUUCAGCGCCCACGUCAUAAAGCGACUGGGGAAACUGUAACUAUUGUUGGUGACCAUGAUCCUACAUUGUUGAAAUAUUUUGACUGCACUCGCUCUGGGCCUCGCUCUGCAUUUGAUAGUAACGUUGUUUACCAGUUUGAGAUAAUGGAAUAUAUUCUUGACUUUGGAUUUGAUCGGUUGGGGGCAAAUGGAUCACAGAUUGAUCAUCCUGUCCUGAUCACAGAAUGUGUAUGCAAUCCAGUUCAAUCACGCAGUAAAAUGGCUGAGCUUCUUUUUGAAACUUAUGGAGUUCCAUCAGUAGCAUUUGGUGUAGAUGCUGCAUUCAGCUAUAAGUACAAUCAGCAGCAUGGGGUUUGUGAUAAAGAUGGGCUAGCUAUUUGUCCAGGAUUUACAACAACUCAUGUUAUCCCGUUUAUUGAUGGAGAACCUGUUUAUAAAGGAUGCUGCCGAACUAACAUUGGUGGAUACCAUGUCACUGAUUACCUGAAGCAACUUCUUUCACUUAAAUAUCCUCAUCACAUGGCCAGACUUACAUGGGAAAAGGUGGAAGACCUGAAGAUGGAGCAUUGUUAUAUUGCUCCAGAUUAUGCUUUAGAAGCUCGAUUAUUUCAGAAAGGGACCAAGGAGGCUGAAGAAAAAACCAGGUGUUGGCAGCUUCCAUGGGUUCCUCCACCAGUGGAGGAACCUCCAUCAGAAGAAGAGAUUGCCAGAAAAGCAGCCAUAAAGGAGAGACAAGGUCAACGGUUGCGGGAAAUGGCUGAGGCAAAGAGGUCAUCUAGGAUAAAUGAACUAGAGAAUCAGAUGCGUGGCAUGGAAUUUCUUUUGCAGCAGCUCGAGCACGUGGAAGAAGAAGAAAUUCCAUCUUUCCUAAAAGAUACUGGAUAUGUCUCAAAGCAGGAAAUAGAAGCCUCACUUGUGAAAAUAGCACAGUCUUUACGUAAAGCAAAAGGAGAGCCAAAAGCUGAACAAGCUGAAGUUGAAGAGAAAAGUGAUUCUUCCGCAAAUGAUAAAUAUCCUCUUGUCAAUAUUCCAGACAACAUGCUGACCCCAGAGCAGCUCAAAGAAAAGAGGAGACAGUUGUUCCUUAAAACCACAUCUGAUGGCAGGCAACGAGCAAAGCAGAAACGUCAAGAAGAAGAAUUAGAGAGAGAAAGAAAAAAUCAACUAGAUGAAGAAAAACGCUUAGAGAACCCAGAACUUUAUUUAGAGCAGAUACGUAUUAAAUAUAAAGAACUCUCUGAGAAAGUUGAGCAGCGAAAACGACUCAAGACAAAUGGGAAUCACUCAAAUGGAAAUAACAUGUCAGGUGGUGUUGGUCGCGGUGAGAGAUUGAAUGCUGCACAGAGGGAAAGGAUGCGCCUAUUAACAACUGCAGCCUUUGAUCGAGGGAAGGGUGAGGAUACUUUUGGUGCCAAAGAUGAAGACUGGCAACUUUACAAACUCAUGAGCAAAGAUAAUGAUGAUGAUGAUGAUGUGGGGGAUGAGGAUGAACUAGAGCUCACCCGUAUUUCUUCUAGGCUUCAGGAAAUAGACCCAACAUUUAUUCCUAAGCCAGAUGUAGGGCCGUCACAACCUGCUCCUGAUGUCCCACGGUUUCGCCCAUUGACAAAGGAGGAUUUCCAGAUUUUGCUUGGGGUGGAGAGGUUCAGAUGCCCUGAAAUCCUGUUUCAUCCCAACCUAGUAGGUAUUGAUCAGGCAGGGGCAGAUGAGAUGGCUGGUGUGUCAAUUAGGAGAUUGCCGGCCAAGGACCUAGAAUUGGAGGAGAGACUGACUAAUUCAAUCCUUAUGACUGGUGGGAGCUGCCUUUACCCUGGUAUGGCCGAGCGCUUAGAGGCUGGAAUCCGAAUGAUUCGCCCAUGUGGGUCACCUAUAAAGGUGGUCAGAGCAUUGGAUCCAAUUCUUGACGCAUGGCGAGGAGCUUCUACUUAUGCUGCUGGAUUGCAGUUCCCACAGCAGACAUUUAGUAGGAUGGAUUAUUAUGAGAAGGGUGAAGAUUGGCUUCGUCGAUACCAAUUUCGCUACACACUGUAAUUGUAUUCUCGCACUUCAUAACUGAUUCUCUUUAAUAUGAAGUGGCAUUAGACAGAUCCUAUUUUGAAAGAAUGACUCGAGUAACACUGACUUCAAUUUGCUGUUUCUGCCAUUUUUAAACACUGAUACAUAAUACAGGCUAUAAUUGUUGUUCUUAGAUAGAUCUAUAUUUUAUCAGAUGGGAAUGAAUAGCGGUUCCAAGGUUUCCAUGUAAAUUGUCUUGUUAAAUUUUGAUGUGAAUCAAUCUCCAAUGGCUUAUGCUUUUUGCUUUUGA